UUACAUUCUUAAAGCACAAUAUAGCAGUAAGGAGACAGACCGCCUUAAAGAGCAGGCUCCCUGCCAGUGGCAGAGUUAGACUAAGACGUAGAGGCAGAGGGGAUAAUAUCGUAUCUGUGAAGCUCAGCUCACUCUUUGCAUAGAGACACCACCUGUAAACCACAGACUUUCCGCAAAGGGUUCCCAAACAUGGCUCUGGUUGAGAUUAUGCGUCUUUGGAGUGAGGGGGUAGUAGCUGCAGAAAAGGGGGAUUGGAAUGAGGCCCUAAAAUGUUUCACCUCCAUCUCAGACCCUCGAGCCAAAAUUUGCUUCAACAUUGGUUGCUGCCAUCUUGUGCUGGAAAACUUACAACUGGCUGAGGAGGUGAGUAAAAAGUAACCAUUACACAUUAAAAUCAGGGAAUAUUUUUUAAAAAAUGUGCAGUCCUACAGCAUACCACGGUUUUAGACAUCUUGCAACACCUGUAUUUGCUGUCGUGGCAUAACAACUUGUAUGUCAAACCUUUUGCACACAAAAAAAAAUAGAAUAAAAAAAUCAGGGAAUAAAACUUAAUAAAUGGAUUGGAUACAAUUCUAAUGGAACGUUAAGCAAACAAUAUAAACAUUUAACUACAAAUUACUAAACACACACACACACACACACAUACACCAAAAACAGUGACAUUUUAAAAGCUUUAACAUGUUGCCAUGACAACAGGAGUAUUUGACCUAUGUCUAUCCUUUCUCUGUGUCACAUGACUACAUAUUAACAUUAAUACUGUUUGUUAAAGUAGCAGUUUGUAAAACAAUUUGUAAGACAGCAGUUUUUAUUGACACGGCUCUGUGCGUGCUAUUUUUUUGUCCCCAGGGUCAACAUAACUGAUAAACAACACCAUUCUCUAAACUUAGCAAACAGCAUGUUCUCAUAAAAAUCCAAGGUUAAUAACAAGAACUAAAUCACUUCCAAUAUAAAGUUGCUCAUACAAUGCAUUAAACAAAAGCAGGACACAGUCUAAAAUGAAAUAAGAGUAAUGCUAAGGAUUUUUACCUGGCUUAGAUCACUAACAAUACCAACGGAUCUUAUGCUACAUUGUUUCUUAAAAAUCCUAGUUAACCUUAAAUGGUUACUACAAGCGCCAUGACAACUCCAAUGUUUCAAAGUGGUUAUGGUGCACAGAUUCUGUAUGUACAGCAUUUCAGUGUGAAAUGCUGCAUAUACGGAGAAGUUUAAUGUUGCUGUCAGAGGUGUAAAUUCGCCUCCAACAGCCUUCAUUAGUCAGCCAGCAACAUUCUCAGCCCCAGAAUGAAUGGCAGUCUAAGCAUCCAGUUUCUGCAUCUCUGUGGUAGCCAUAUACCUUUUAACAGACAUGAGAGGAGGCUUCGAGGUAGGUGGGGCCCAUGUAAGAGGCAAACCGUUGUAAAACAACUUGCCUUCUUAUUGAGGAAUGGUACCAGGACACUGCUGGCAUCACAACCAAUACUGCAGGCUUUAGUCGUUAUGAUGCUUGGACUAAUCAUUUAAAGGGGAACAAUGAUCAAAAGUGCCCACCUAUUACUUUAAUUAAUUAAACAUCUUAAAAAUCUAAAAAAGAUUUUAUAUAUAAUUUUCAAUGUUCCUGUCUAGUGAUGUCCCGAACGGUUCGCCGAGCGGUUCGCCACGGACUCCAGUCAGCAGACACAUUCCAGCCAAUCAGCAGCAGACCCUCCCAACUCCUGGACAGCAUCCAUUUUGAAGCUGCAUUCUUAGUGAGCUGUCCAGGAGGUGGGAGGGUCUGGGAGGGAGGGUCUGCUGCUGAUUGGCUGGAAUGUGUCUGCUGACUGGAGUCCACGGCAAACCGUGGCGAACCGCGUCGAACCGUUCGGCGAACCGUUCGGGACAUCACUAUUCAUGUCUAACAUGACUUUAUAGUUGAACCCCAAGCCCUCUCGGCUCUUUCUGGGAGCAGAAAGAGAUCCUUUCCAGGUUUGUAACUGGAACAAGUUGGACAAACAUGAAGCAUUAAAGUAGGAAGUAAAAAAUCCUACUGGUCUGUGCUCUAGUCAGGUAAUUGACAAAUAUCUGUAAUGACUUUAACAAAUUGUGGCAUUCAGAGCUGAGUGAAAAUCAGGGAUACAGACGGUCUGCCACAAAAACAACAAUAAUGCCAAGUUCGUAUGGAGCCUAGACUGACCCAUUAAACAGUAAUAGGGAUUUCUUCCCUACAUAAGCCUUUUGACCUCUCACUUUCUUUACAUAUAUACUAUGGCUUGAUAAUAUAAGAAAGAGGCAACCUAAAGCUGUUUUCUAAGACCUGCUACCAUCAUUCCCUGCAUCUCGUUGUGUGUUCUAAAUUGUUAGUAAUUUUUGGGAGAACUUAUAAAAAUGUUGUAAAAACAUUAUUUUGUUUAUUGUGUGUGUUACACUUUGCUCCAGAUCUGAUUUUCAUAAGUAAAGUCUUGUUUUCCUGUACACUGUAUAAUGAUAGACCUGAAGCUAUUAUUAUUAUUGCCAUUAUAUGUAGUGCUUUACAAUAUUAUGAGGGGGGAUGUAACUAUAAAUAGGACAAUUACAAGAAAACUUACAGGAACAAUGGGUUGAAGAGGACCCUGCUCAAGAGAGCUUACAUUCUAUAGGAUUCUCAUGGUUUCAUCAAACUUUAAAUUUUUAAGGUGUUCUGCACAUAUUGGGUGAAUUAAUCAUCAACAUCUCUGCUCUUUAGGCAUUCACAUUAACCAUAGAAAGAGACAACCAUUUGGCUGUAGGAUAUUUCCAACGUGGCCUGGUCUUCUUCAAGAGUGGCAAGUAAGAAAUAUCGGACACUGCAAGCAUUAUAUAAAAAUAUAAUAAAAGUGGUUGUGUUUCUAAAUCCAUAUUAGAUUUUAUGAUCUGUCUGUUCAAGGUUUUUAUCAGAUAAGACUCCUAUAAUGCUGAAGGACCACCAAUAUUAUAUAUUGCUUAUGACACCAAUUAACUUUGUAAAAAACAGACCUUUUAAAGUAUACAGCUUUUUUCCUGCAAAGGUUCCUUUUGAUAGACAGUCGCUGGAUGUUACAUUAGGAGUUACCAACAGCUAGCUCGCAAGGUGUUGUAAUCCCAAUACCCAUAAUGCUUUGUUUCUCAGCCUUUGCCAUGCUGUGUAGACUAUGUGUUGAAUGCCCCUGUAUCAGAGCAUAGCUACAGCAAGGCAAAUAUUUAGCAUUUGAUUAGUAAAGGUCAACGUAUAUGGUGGUUGGGUUAACAAAGGUCAAUGUAUAUAGUACUUGUAUUACUAAAGGUCAACGUAUAUAGUGCUUGGAUUAAUACAGGUCAAUGUAUAUAUAGAGCCUGGGUUAAUAAAGAUCAAUUUAUUUAGUGCUUAUAUUAAUAAAGGUCAAUGUAUAUAGUGCUUGGAUUAAUACAGGUCAAUGUAUAUAUAGUGCUUAGGUUAAUAAAGAUCAAUUUAUAUAGUGCUUGUGUUAAUAAAGGUCAACAUAUAUAGUGCUUGGGUUAAUAAAGGUCAACGUAUAUAGUGCUUGUAUUAAUAAAGGUCAAUGUAUAUAUAUAGUGCUUGGAUUAAUAAAGGUCAACGUAUAUAUAGUGCCUGGGUUAAUAAAGGUCAACGUAUAUAUAGUGCUUGGAUUAAUAAAGGUCAACGUAUAUAGUGCUUGUAUUAAUAAAGGUCAAUGUAUAUAUAUAGUGCUUGGAUUAAUAAAGGUCAACGUAUAUAUAGUGCCUGGGUUAAUAAAGGUCAACGUAUAUAUAGUGCUUGGAUUAAUAAAGGUCAACGUAUAUAGUGCUUGUAUUAAUAAAGGUCAAUGUAUAUAUAUAGUGCUUGGAUUAAUAAAGGUCAACGUAUAUAUAGUGCCUGGGUUAAUAAAGGUCAACGUAUAUAGUGCUUGGAUUAAUAAAGUUCAAUGUAUAUAUAUAUAGUACAAUGUGUACAGUUUGGUUUAAUAACGGGAACGUUAUAAAAGUUUUGGAUUAAUAAAACAAACCAGGAAGUCAAAGUAUAUAUCAGUGUAAUAAGAAAUGUCAAAUUGAACUAGAACUGUAGGCUAGUAUUAAAUCCAACAUGGUAAAGGUAUGUGCAUUAUUCUACCAUGCUGCUACGGGUUACAAAUUAUCACCUUGUUAUUGUGUCAGAUACAUGUCAGCAUUACAAGACUGGGUACGGACCUUCACAGAAAUGCGUGGGAACCAGCUGAUUGACUACAAAAUCCUGGGGAUGACCUUCCAGCUCUACAGCUGUGAGGUAAGAAGAUUAUGAAAAUCAUUAAAAGAGGAUCAGCUUCAGAGAAACAAGAUGUAUCAAUUAUAUGUCUGUUCUCAUGCUGGGCCUACAGUAGUUAAUUGUGAGUUUUUUUAGCUAUGUUGUAACUUUACAUGGCAGAAUUGGUAACAGGUUUUGCACUCAGCUGAUCCUCAAAUGUUGACUUACUUGCUUUUAAAUAGAAGUGACAUGCGCAGUAGGCCACUUGACCAAUACAGUUUUAAAACAGAAAAAUCGUGAAAACAAUAUUUUAUUGUUUAUCACUUUUAUUAUUUUAGAGAUAUGUUGUAAUAUAGGCUCUUUGUGUAUUAUAUUCAUAAAUGCACAUAUGUAAAUGAACAGUUAUUUUCGGUUCAUCUCCCAGCUUACCUUUGUUCCAUGGGAACCACCAUGUUUAAGCACUCUCUGGUCGGACAUUAUCUGACCAAAGACUACAUGUUACUUGAACAGCUGAAAAAAACAGUCUCGGAAUGUUUUUUCUUUCCUUUUUUUGAUGCCAGACACUUGCACAUGAAAUCAGGAUUUGUGAACUUGCAGUAGCUCUCAGUGGCCUAUGAUCUCAUAAGUGGUGCUUCCAACCAAUAAGAAUUUAAAUAUGGCUGCUUUAAAUUCUUAUAUAAAUAUGUCUUCGUAGUCCUUUAUUUUUAUUUUUUUGGUCAGAUUUUGUAUAAUAUCGCUCUGGCGCAUGCCAAACUGGGAGAAUGGGCCAAAUCUGAAGAAAAUCUCCUUCUAGCUCUCAGUCAGAAAUCCGAGCCCCGACACAGCACCAAGAUUGAUAAAGCUCUUCAAAACAUCUUGGUAAGUAUUAUGUGAGUUACUGUGUUUAGGUUAGAUUUGUACCAGUCUAUAAUGGAAAUGAAAUGAUUUUAUCUCCCGCCCAGGUUUAAGAAUGCGUAAACAUGUUUAAUAUGUUCUUCUGAUCUAUGUAAAGUUUUUAUAUUUUAUUGAUUGGGUGAUUGAUUAUAGGGACUUUUUGAUAACUUAUUUAAAACCAUCACUACGGAUAUAGGGUACUUAGCUGGAGAUGUCCUUAUAAGAAAGACUCUCACAAUCACUUCAUAAGUGAUCUCGCUUCUUGGUGGAAGUGUCUUUUUUUUAAAUCCAAAUGAUGCAGAAAUGAACAAUCCUAUAAAUAUAGCAUAGAAAUGCUAUUUUAGGAUCGGAAACUUUUCAUGACAACUGACGUUGAUGCACACUUUACUAAUCGGGAAGUUCAAGAGCACUUCAUGGAAAGAGUGCAAGACUUAAAAAUAAGUUAAAGAUAACUUAAUUUUAUGUAAUUGCACAACAGCAUAAGUCAGCAUUUUAGUCCCAUUACCAAACCUCCUUAAUAUGUUAAGAUAAUACGAAUGAAACAUUGUAUAUAUGCCAAUGAAUAUUUGCUUAAAACAAAGUUUUGAGCUUUAAAAAAAAAAAUCAUUUACAUUUAUUUUGAAGUCCUAUAACUGCUUUCCUUCACAUCGAGAAAUAAAUUUAUAUUUUAAUAUACCUUUUCCACCUUAUAUCUGCAAGGCUUUGCUGGCGCAUUAUAUUUUAGGACUGAGCAGGUUAUAAAUCUGCUGAACUCUCAAUGCUUUUGCUUAUUACUAGACAUAUAACUUUUUAAACAUGUGUGACGGCUUACUCUAAUCUGUCAGCAUCAAAGUGCAAAUGUAAUUAGAAAAUGACUUUAUUUUAGAAGACAUUUCUUUUUAUAGCUGGUGGAUUUUGUAAAAUUAAGUAAUCAUUUCUGGAUGGAUAUGACUAAUAAUUCUUUCAUUAAUAUUUAAUAUUUCCUUUUAGAAACAAAAAGAUUUUCCUCUGGCGCAAAUGCCAAAGGGGAAGAUGUUCCAGCCCAAUGAAAAGCUGAUUGAGCAGCUGGAUAAGAGAGAUUUCUUGGGCAAAGCUUUGGUAUGUCGGGUCAAUGCAAUAAUAACCACAAGCCAUUAGAAAAUGGGCAAUGGGAUAUAAUCUCUGGUAUAUAUCACAUAAAGAGAAAUUGUGAUCUGCCAAAUAAAUAUAUAUAUAUAUAUUCAUCUGUAAUAGUUUAAUCAAUGAGACUCUUUUUGAAGACAUAUCUGCUGGUUUAAUACAAUGUGUGGUAGAACGUGGUGAUAACCAUAUAUAAGGGUGUCACAAAUGACAGAAUGUAGCUUACAUAGAGGCAAAAACCAUAACCCCCAUGCCUUGUGAUGCAUCAUUUCCCAAUCUGGGGUACUCAAUGUUUUGAGGUCAGCUCAGGCUACAACUUUAUAUGAAGUGCCUGGUGUAGAGACUACCUUAGACAAAUGUUCAACUCAGAGAGUGUCUUUUAACUGUAGCAAUUUGCAGUUUUAUAAGCCCAACUGCAGCUGUAAGCCAGCCCCUCAGUGCUGUCAAUCAGGCAGUUGGAACAACGAACCCGUUAUUUAAUACCACUUUUUGACAAAGUUCUGUCUCGUUUUAUAUUACAGGUUGUAGCUUCUGUGGUUGAUAAGGACAGUUUUUCUGGUUUUGCUCCUCUGCAACCUCAGGUGAGCACUUGUGUCUGCUUCUGCUUUGAUAGUAAUGGUAGUGUAGGCUAUCCGCUAUACAUGGAUAUAAUGCAUUCUGUAAGUAUCAUUUCAAACAUGGUCUAGAAUACAAAAUGUACUGUCUGCACUGCCAGUGCUAAUUCAUCAAGUAUGUGCUUACAAACUACUUCCUUGCAAGAAUAAAAUAAAAAGUAUAAAAAUAUACAUUAUUCAAGAUAUGUAUUGAAAUCUAACCACUCGCUGAUGGCAUAUAUCCAACCAUGUAGUGCAUAAUGUGUGCACCCAGAGAAAAUUACCAUCUACAUUUUACUUUAUAAAUACAUCUUUAUUUAUGAACUAUAUUUCUCUUGAUGCUCAGUCAGCCGGAAGGAAAUAUAGUUCAGUGUGGCCCAACAAACCCAGCACAGUGAUCUGUCAGAACUAAUGGAGCACUAUCCAAACUGGACAGCAAUGUACCCACUCCUAAUGCUCUUGGCCCAUCACCAACAUGUAAGAGGGAUGGAUUUUCCCUCCUGAUGAUGUGCAAGUGUAGUUUAUAUAAUAUCACAGUGGAGAAAGGCAAGGGGGACGAGGGAGGGCCCGCAAACUUCUUACACCUCUAAAAAAUAAUGUGCCAAAAAGCGGGCACAGGCAUUGAUAAAAUUAUAGCCUCCUGCCACUAGACUGAGCUGAAAUAAUUAUUGUGCUUGGAGUGACCCUUAAAACAGCUGUCUUAAACCCCCUUAAUUUCAAUGUGGCGUAUAUCAAUAAAGUUAAAGUUCUAAAUCCUGGGUUUAGCGAAUGGCAUAGAGGGAACAUAUUUUACAAGUGGGGCUUUACCGUCAAUACAUUUGUAGCUGAUAUCAUGAAAGUAACCCUUUGGUAUUUCCAUAUAGACCAGAAACCCCCCACCUCGUCCAAAAACCCCAGAAGUCCUCACGUAAGUAACAUUUGGGUCUUAUAUACAAUUACAAUUUGAAUUAAAUCAGCUAUUUUAGGUGCAGAAACAAACUCAGACCUAAUGUAUAGAAUGCAGGUAGAAAUACAGAGGAUUUAUAUUUUUUAGUUUUUCCAUAGGGCCCGAGGGGCAAUCUCCAGGAUGUAACAAUUUUACCAGCAGCAUUUGCUUCGGCAAUGGAUUGCGUGGUGACUGCUGGUGUAUGUUGGACAGGAUUAACCUAAGUAUACUGACAGAAAAUUGGUUUAUUUGCUAAAUUGAGGAAGAUAUACCUAAGAAUUACACAUUUUACACCAAAAUCGCCAAGUAGUAAACGUUCUCUUACUCAACUACUUUUCCAAUCUGGCUAUUGGCUUGCUCUAGAGAGUAAGCCCCAUAUUUACUGUAUACAGCAAGUAUAUCAUCUGUGCUGGUCAUAUCUCUAGUACACUUUUUAAUAAACAUUCAAGUAGAACUCAGCUUUUGAAGAUCUAAAAGGUAUUUAAUGGACAUUAACUUUAUGUCUUAGAUCUGUCUUUGUUUGAAACAUAGCAGGUGAAAGACAUUGGGUUAAAAUAUCAACAAAAGACAUGAAAAAAAGUCUUACGUGUAAAACGUUUGCUUGUGUAUCCUACCAUAUAUGUGUAGGUGGCUGCACAUGAGUAAUGGAAAGUUAUGAAUUUGUGAAAAUUUGAUCCCCCCCCUUCCCUUUCUAUUUUUUUCCCUUUGAGGCAGUGGGGUGUAGCGGAGAGGCAGUAUGAUCCACGAUAUCUCCGCUGGGUAACAGGAACAACAAAGGAUAAUCCAGGGAAUCAGCAUAUAGUAAUCCAAACAGCACUGCAGUAACCCUUCCUUCCCAAGAACUAGACGACACAUAGGCUGGGAGUCAACUGAGGUUUUAAUCACAGGUCACAGUAUUUAUGCAAUUCCCCAUGCAAGGGGUUUCCAAACUGACAUCACAGGGGUUGUACAGGAGGGGACUACAUGGGGGACUUACAGUACCACAUAUUUCUCCCAUCAGGCACCGCUGCACGAGAGGGAUCAUCCUCCCAGAAUGCACCGUUAAGGGGAUUAUCCCCUCGUGCAGCAGAACCGGCAAUUCACAUAAAAAUCUACAACUGGUAUAAUAUACGGUGGAUUUACACGAAUGGACGUUCGGUAGAUAGCUGGGGUCUGGGUGCAUCAUUCGUGAGAUUGCCGCUCAGAUCCCAGCUAGAAUAACCAAACGCCGCACAGAAAACACAUUUCUUUCCAAACCCACGAAAAGAACCGAUUGCUUUUAGUGAACCUGGUCCUGAAACUCCCGAACGUCCUGGAGGCUCAGCGGUGUUCGUGCCGUCGAAUAACUGUUGGUAAUGCUAUGCGUUCGACGACACGGACCCGCUGAAGAACCAGGGAUCCAAGAUGGCCGACCGCCGCAUGGUCGGUAGUCGAACGACGGCCACCCAGGAGAGCCUCUAAUAACCGAUUGCAACAAUGUUGCAAUCGGUUAACUAGCGCCACACGCCUCUAAGUGUGUGGGCUAUUAGGGGGUAUCGCAUUCGUUUCACGAACGGCCCUCCAAAGUGCCGUUCGCGAAACGAACGGGAAUCCCCAUACAAACCGCCAUUUGCAUUCGGCGGAACAGAUAGGUACAGGUAAUGCAGGGAAUACAUGAAGCAGGCACAUACAGUUACAACGCAUCUCUCUCCAGACCUAUAGGCAACCCUUAAAGGCAUAGUGUCCAGUUAUAGUCCGAGUGGCUAGGUUUGCCACAAUGCUCCCCCAGAACCAAGCCGGCAUACACAGUCUGAUCCCAACGGAUCGGCUUGGGGAUGUCCGGAGGAGUACUCACGAAUCACGGCUCCAAGUCUGUUUGUCUAGACAACCCGUCGGCGUUGCCAUUCUGCUUCCCAGGGCGGUAGUGGAUAGUAAAGUCAAAAGGCUGCAGCGCCAAACUCCAGCGCAGCAGCCUGGCAUUGUCUCCGGACACCCUGUUCAGCCACACCAACGGGUUGUGAUCCGUGAGUAAAGUGAAGGGUUGCCCGUAUAAGUAGGGUUGCAACUUCUUGAGGGCCCACACCACAGCCAGGCACUCCUUUUCAAUGGCGGCGUAGCUUACUUCCCUGGGUAAAAGUUUUCGGCUUAGGUAAGCUACGGGGUGCUCGCCGCCAUCGGGUCCAACUUGGCUCAGUACUGCUCCCAAUCCAAACAUAGAAGCGUCUGUGUGGACGAGAAAGCGUUUAGUUGGAUCAGGAGCAGAAAGUACAGGAGAAUUAACCAGCGCCGUCUUGAGCUGUUGGAACGCCUGCUCACACUCUGGGGCCCAGACUACUAACUUAGGGAGGUUCUUGCGGGUCAGGUCUGUGAGGGGUUUGGCGAGGGCGCUAUAGUUGGCCACAAACUUCCGGUAGUACCCGGCGGUCCCUAAAAAGGCGAGCACUUGGGUCUUGGUGCGAGGGGUAGGCCAUUGGGCGACUGCCUCUAUUUUAGCAGGUUCGGGUUUCUGUUGCCCACUCCCUACCCGGUGUCCCAGAUACUGGACUUCCGCCAUACCGAUAUGGCAUUUGCUGGGUUUUAGGGUCAGUCCGGCCUCUCGGAUUCGGUCUAGAAUGGCUCCUAUGUGAACCAGAUGUUCGUGCCAGGAGUGGCUGAAUAUGGCGAUAUCAUCUAGAUACGCGCAGGCAUACUCCUGGAACCCAUCUAACAGUCUGUCCACCAUUCUCUGGAAGGUAGCUGGAGCGUUUUUCAUCCCGAAUGGCAUAACCUUAAACUGAUACAGGCCAAACGGGGUGACAAAAGCCGACUUAGGGAUGGCGUCGUCCGCUAAGGGAAUCUGCCAGUAUCCUUUGCACAAGUCUGUAGUGGUUAGGUAUUGACCCCUGGCCAUUUUGUCGAGGAGUUCGUCUAUUCAGGGCAUGGGAUAUGCGUCAGAGGUCGUUUUAUCGUUGAGCCGUCGGUAGUCUACGCAGAAACGGGUCGUCCCGUCCCGUUUCGGCACCAGUACUACCGGGGAGGCCCAGGGGCUGUCCGAGUGCUCUAUUACUCCUAGCUGAAUCAUCUCCUCAAUUUCCUUGCGCAUAUUCUCCUUGACUGCUUCUGGAGUGCGGUAGGGGGUCGAAUCUAACGUUUCUACCUUAUGGGUAGCCAACGGGGUAUAGCCGGGUAAAUUGGAAAACGUGGCCUUCUUUUCCCGAAGCAACUUUUGUACCUGGGCCCGUUCUUGGGUAUUUAAUCUUUCUCCUAACUGUACCUCUCCCAGAUCUCCGCUCUGGCCCUCUUGGUCUAGGAGAUCGGGUAGGGGUAGGUUAUCAAAAUCUUCCGUGGCAGGGGCACAGAUUGCGGUGACUUCCUCAGUCCGUUCGUGGUAUGGCUUGAGCAUGUUCACAUGGAGCAUGCGUUUGCCUCCCACGCCGGUAACCGGGCCGAUCACAUAGGUGGUGUCACAGAUCUGUUCCACCACCUUGUAUGGGCCCUGCCAGGAAGCCUGCAGCUUAUCUUUGUGGACGGGUCGCAGGAUUAGGACUUUCUGCCCCACCUGAAAGCUGCGGUCCCUGGCUCCCUUAUCAUACCAUCGGCGCUGUCGUUGUUGCGCUACCUGGAGAUUGUCUCGGACGGUCUGGGUUAGCCUCUCCAGGCGUUCCCGGAACUCGAGCACAUAUGGUAAGAUAGGGGUGCCAUUAACGGUUUCGUCUCCCUCCCAGUGUUCCCGUAUCAAGUCAAGAGGUCCCCUCACUCUCCUCCCGAAUAAUAAUUCGAACGGAGAGAAUCCGGUGGAUUCUUGUGGCACUUCUCGAUACGCGAACAGUAGGUGGGGUAAGAACCGCUCCCAGUCCUUUUGGGUGUCCAUGAACGUGCGGAUCAUUUGUUUCAGGGUUCCGUUAAAUCGUUCACAGAGCCCAUUGGACUGGGGGUGGUAUGGGGAGUUGAGGAUUUGUUGUAUCCCACAUAUUUUCCAGAGCUGAUGGGUCACUUCCGCAGUAAACUGGGUGCCUCUAUCGGAGAUAAUCUCCCGGGGAAAUCCUACCCGGGUGAAUAUCCUCAUCAGGGCUUCGGCUACCGUUUCUGCGUGUACGUUCGUUAGGGCCACUGCCUCGGGGUACCGGGUGGCGUAGUCCACCACAGUUAGGACAUACUUCUUGCCGGAGGGGCUGGGUUUUGCGAGGGGACCUAUAAUGUCUACUGCCACCCUACUGAAUGGUUCUUCAAUGAUGGGCAGAGACCGUAGUCGGGCUUUGUAUCUGUCCCCCCUCUUGCCUACCCUUUGGCAGGUAUCGCAGGUCUGACAAUACCGCUUAAUAUCCUGGGAAAUACCUGGCCAAAAGAAAUUUUGGGUCAGCCUGUGCUUGGUCCGACUGAUGCCUAAGUGUCCAGACAGGGGGAUGUCAUGGGCUAUGCGUAACAGCUCUAACCUAUAUUUUCGAGGCACUAUUAGCUGUUUAAUGGGCAACGGUAUUGACCCGGACACUACCUUCUCUGCGUGCCGAUAUAGUAGCCCUUUGUCCCAGAUAUACCUUUCCCCCUCUAACCCAGCUUGAUUUUUAUCCAUGCGAUCUUUGUACACCUGUAACGAAGGAUCUAGGGCUACUUCGGCCCCGAACUCUAUGGAAUUGGCCCAGGGCAGGGUAGGGGGUAGGGGAGGGUCAUUGCUUACCUGAGCCUCAGAGUGUUCGAAUGGUGCAGUGGUGCGGGCCUGUUGCCGGGUCACAACCGGGUAUGCUUCUUGUACGGUGGGCUGGGGAACAAAAGCCGAAGUCAGCUCCCCCAAAUCGUUGCCCAAAAUCACAUCCGCUGGCAAGUCUUGCAUCAUCCCCACAUAUACAUUCCCGUGCCCCGCUCCCCAAUUCAAGUGCACCUUGGCCGUGGGUACUUUGUAAAUGGCUCCCCCAGCCACCCGCACAGCCACACAGUCCCCCGUGAGCUUGGGCUUUGGUACCAGAUGACUGCGUACUAGAGUUAGGGUGGCUCCCGAGUCACGAAGUCCUUGCACUUUCCUCCCCUCCAUGUGUACUUCCUGGCGGUGCCCUUGGCGGUUAUCGGAGGCGGCCUGGAUAGGGUUCCCCUCGUGUAGAGUACCGAGGGGUUCCUCCCGGGUCAUCCCCAACUCCAGAUUUUGGUCGGAUUCGGUCUGUAGACAGUGGAUUGCGGCACGGUUGUUCGGGGCGGCGUUAUUCCAGCUGGGUCGAGGCCGGUUCCGUGGGCAGUCUCUCUGGAUGUGCCCCUGUUGGUUGCAGGUAUGGCACCGGAUUGGUGGACGUGCUGAAUAUCUGGGGGGGUAGGAAUUCUGAUUUACCCCUGGUCGCUGGUACGUUGCGGGGCCCCCUGGAGGGCUGGCCGUUGUAGGGGGGAUGGUGGUUCGGGUUGGUAGGGGUUGAUCUCUCCGAUUGUCCUGGAAAUCGUCUGCCAUAUUAGCCGCUUCCUGCAGGGUGUGUGGCUUUCUGUCCCGGAUCCAGUUUUGUAGGUAGGUCGGGACGCCAUUGAAGAAUUGUUCCAGUACCAUUAGCUGGAACAGACCCUCCAAUGUAUCAACUUGGGCGGCCUCCAGCCACCCUUUGGCAGCUCGUUGUAGCUGGUGCGCCCACUCCACAUGGGUGUCCUUACUGGGUUUUUUAAUGUCCCGAAACUUCUUUCGGUAUGCCUCUGAGGUGAUGGCAUACCGGGCUAGGAUGGCCCGUUUUACUUUAGCGUAGUCUCUACUAUCCUCGUCUGGUACUGCCCGGUACGCUUCGGCGGCUCGCCCAGAUAAUCUCCCCGCUAGUAGGGGUACUCUAUCUGCAUCAUUAAUCUCGUGCAGCAAACACAGUCUCUCGAAAUCCUGUAAAUAGUCGUCAACGCCACCCUCUGUCUCCACAUAGCUUUUGAAGGCUUGAUAUGGGAUUUUGGUUUUCCCUGGGAAACUAUGGACUGGCGUUGCGGCUCUUUCUCUGGCUUGCUGGUUUCCUGGCGGUCCCCUAGCCAUAAUGUAAUCCUGUACAUCGGCGAACAGCCGGUUAAACAUUUCUGUAGAUGGUGGUUCCGGAAAUAAAGCCAGUCGUGCUCGGAAUUCCGCUGUAAAUUCGUUGUUUUGUCCCUCCAUUUGAGGUGCUGCAGCAGCUGCGGCUCUGUCUCCUUCCAUGAGCUCCGUAAUUAGGACAGCCUUUGCCUUGUUACUGGCGAUUGCUCCUCUUGCUUCCAGCAGCUCCUUUAAUGUGCUCCGUUUUAGCAGGGUGUAAUCUGUUCCCAUUCACCUGCUGUUCGUGAGGUUUAUUCGAAUGCGCUGAUUCCCGAAUGCUUGUUCCUUGAUUCGUUUAAAAAUCUGCCGAACGUUGCUUUGCUGUGUAAAUUCAAUCCCGUCGCUUGCCACCAAUUGUAGCGGAGAGGCAGUAUGAUCCACGAUAUCUCCGCUGGGUAACAGGAACAACAAAGGAUAAUCCAGGGAAUCAGCAUAUAGUAAUCCAAACAGCACUGCAGUAACCCUUCCUUCCCAAGAACUAGACGACACAUAGGCUGGGAGUCAACUGAGGUUUUAAUCACAGGUCACAGUAUUUAUGCAAUUCCCCAUGCAAGGGGUUUCCAAACUGACAUCACAGGGGUUGUACAGGAGGGGACUACAUGGGGGACUUACAGUACCACAUAUUUCUCCCAUCAGGCACCGCUGCACGAGAGGGAUCAUCCUCCCAGAAUGCACCGUUAAGGGGAUUAUCCCCUCGUGCAGCAGAACCGGCAAUUCACAUAAAAAUCUACAACUGGUAUAAUAUACGGUGGAUUUACACGAAUGGACGUUCGGUAGAUAGCUGGGGUCUGGGUGCAUCAUUCGUGAGAUUGCCGCUCAGAUCCCAGCUAAAAUAACCGAACGCCGCACAGAAAACACAUUUCUUUCCAAACCCACGAAAAGAACCGAUUGCUUUUAGUGAACCUGGUCCUGAAACUCCCGAACGUCCUGGAGGCUCAGCGGUGUUCGUGCCGUCGAAUAACUGUUGGUAAUGCUAUGCGUUCGACGACACGGACCCGCUGAAGAACCAGGGAUCCAAGAUGGCCGACCGCCGCAUGGUCGGUAGUCGAACGACGGCCACCCAGGAGAGCCUCUAAUAACCGAUUGCAACAAUGUUGCAAUCGGUUAACUAGCGCCACACGCCUCUAAGUGUGUGGGCUAUUAGGGGGUAUCGCAUUCGUUUCACGAACGGCCCUCCAAAGUGCCGUUCGCGAAACGAACGGGAAUCCCCAUACAAACCGCCAUUUGCAUUCGGCGGAACAGAUAGGUACAGGUAAUGCAGGGAAUACAUGAAGCAGGCACAUACAGUUACAACGCAUCUCUCUCCAGACCUAUAGGCAACCCUUAAAGGCAUAGUGUCCAGUUAUAGUCCGAGUGGCUAGGUUUGCCACAUGGGGGCUGGAAGGUCAUUUGAGAUAUUUGUAAGAACCCAGUUUGUCAUCAGAUGCCUAUUUUAAUUCCUUCUCUAAUGUACACACAAUCUCAUUUGCUUAUACAUACACAUACAACAAACACUCAUUUAUAAAUACAUGUUCUCUCUCCUUCUCACACAAGUUCACUUGGAUCUAAUGAUCAGAAUAAUAAUAAAGUAUUUAACCAGGAAAGGUACAUUCAGACUACUCUGGUUUUCAAGUACAUCCUAUCUCACUCUCUCUCUUAGGACAUUGCAGGGGGAGCCGCACAGAGUCCUGUUUGAGUUUAAUCCCGAGACCUCGGAAGAAAUACAGGUUAUGCCAGGAAACAUUGUGUUUCUCGUCAUGAAAGGAGCAGACAACUGGGCCACUGUCAUGUUCAAUGGAAAGGUAAUCGUAAUUCAAGGGCAUUUUAAGAUCUAGUGGUUCGGGGAAGGUAGUAUGUCAUUUUAUAAUGUAUGUAUUGACAUAUGUUUCUUGGCCCAUUGGAACUCAGUUCCUGUACUAUUUGCAGAGGGAACAGAGUUCCCACUAUUCUUACAGUGAAGGGAGUGGCUUUGCUGACAGUACAACAUUCAUACAAAGCCCUGGACUUUAUUUUUUGAACCGCAGGAAAAGCAAAUUAAGAAGUGCUCUACCUAAAUCUUUACUUAUGCAGUUUUUAAAUCCUCAAUUCUCUGUAUAUAGUCAUCCCAUUGUAUAGCGCUACGGAAUUUGAUGGCACUAUAUAAAUAAUAAUAAUUAUAAUAAUGUGCUUCUCCCUUCACACAAAGCUGCCAUCAUUUGACACACUUAGAUGCUGUUUGGGGUGGUAAGGUCAAAUGGCCCUUUAACAGCCAGCUUCAAUUUCCAGUGUGUUAAGAGUGACAUUUUAUUCUAUUUGAUUACAGAAUUUGAAGAUCUGUAAUGCUGCAAUUUUCUCAUUUGAUAAUUAAAUCACUCAAACUAGCCUGUAUAAUAGCAUUAAUGGUGGGUACAUGUAUAUAUAUAUUCAUAUUCUUAUUUUAUUAUUAAAAUGUUUUAUUAUGCUAUCCCAGCAGGUAUUUUAAAAUGAAUAUACCCAAACCGCUAAUUGCACUGCAUAUAGACAAGGGCUGCCCAAUAUGUAGACCCCAGAUGUGGUAGAACCGUGAUGCUUUGCAUGUCUUUAGAAUGACAACACUUCAUGGGAGUUGUAGUCCUUCCCCAUCUGGGAAUCUACCGAUUGGGCAGCCCUGAUAUAGACAAUAUAUUGCAUUUACACAUUCCAAUAUGCACCUCACUGCGCACAGGGUUUAGCAGACUUGUGUGUGAAUUACAAACACGUAAAAAUGGAUUUAAGUGUAAAAGGUUUUUAUGAAUCCGUGAUGUCUCCUCAAGGUUAUGGGUGCAAUCUUGUGGCUGAUUAUCUAUAAAUGGCCAGUAGAGGGGGCAGGCUGCUCAAAGCAAGAUGGUAAUAAAUGCACCAUUGUAGGAGUAAAAACAAAACUUAAUAUAUAAAAGGCAGACUAAAAAUGUCCAGGUGCCAACAAAGAGAAAGAAAUUAUGUUACUGUCAGCAUUAUACCUGGGGUUGAAAGAUCCACCAUGAUUUCCUUGUCCACCAUUACUUCUCUAUGUUGAUGGGCGGUACACAUAAAGUAAAGUAUAGACCCCAUUUUAUAUACAUGGUUAGAUGCUGUCCUUCAACAGGCUCACCCCUGAUUCCAUUCAGGGAAUAAUUCAAACUUCCAGUGACCUUUCCCAGGAAUCAAAUAUCAAGAGGAGGAAAAAGAAAAUAGCUUUCCUUUGAAAGACUGGAAAUGGCACACACUAGGGCAGAGGUGAGCAACCUUUGGCACUCCAAAUGUGAACAACAGCAUUGUUGUAAAAACAUUAUGGAAGAUGUAGUCCACAACGUCUGGAGUGCCAAAGGUUGCCCACCUUGCCAGUCCUCAGGAUUGCGCACUGACGAAGCAAUCACUAUUCCUAAAAUAUUUGCAAACCAUGCAUUUCCAAUACAUUUCACCAAACACAUCUUUACAACUCCAUCUCAAACCAAACACUACCCUUAUGUGUAUCAUAGAGAUAAAAAUAAUUUAUAAACUGAUUGGUACUCGUGUAUGCUAGACUUCCCUUUACUUUGGAAGGAAAUGUAUCAUAGUGGUGCAAAAAAAAGAGGAGGCGUCACUAAUGGAAUAUACCUACUGGUUCCAAUGGUUUUCAUGGUGAUUGCCCAACCAUUAGUACUUUAGCUCACUUUUCAACUCAGAUAAAACCUCCACCAUUAAAACGGUUGCAGAUAAUAACCAAUACAUUGGGGUUUAUUUCUCCGAAAAUAAACACUUUUCUAGAUCACCUCUCCAUAGAGUAGACACAGACCUCAGGCUGAUUCACAAACCAGAAGUGAUUCAUCUUGUGUAGCUCUCAUUACAAUCAUGACUCUAAAUUAUUAACGCCAGUAUAACGAAUAAUUGCUGGCUUUUACCGGGCUUGCCCUGUGAAUAAGAGAGGAAGGACCUGCAGAGAAACUGGAAUCCAUGUCCACCAAUCCAUGAUGGAAAGCUUAUCAGCCAACACCUUAGAAGGUUAAAUAAGAACAGACAGGGAGCUAGAAUAUAGGGAGACCUACAGGUGAUACUCCAAAAAAUUAGAAUAUCGUGAAAAAGUUCAUUUAUUUCAGUAAUGCAAUGUAAAAGGGGAAACUAAUAAAUGAGAUAGGCGCAUUACAUGUAAAGCAAGAUAGUUCACGCUGUGAUUUUUUAUAAGUGCGGUGAUUAAGGCUUAUAACUCAUGAAAACCCCAAAUCCACAAUCUCAGUAAACUAGAAUAUUACAUGCAAUCAAUAAAACAAGGAGUGUACAUAGAACAAUAUCGGACCUCUGAAAAGUAUAAGCAUGCAUAUGGACUCAGUACUUGGUUUGGGCCCCUUUUGCAGCAAUUACUGCCUUAAUGCGGUGUGACAUGGAAGCUAUCAGCCUGUGGCACUGCUGAGGUGUUAUGGAAGACCAGGAUGCUUCAAUAGUGGCCUUCAGCUCUUCUGCAUUGUUCGGUCUCAUGUCUCUCAUCUUUCUCUUGGCAAUGCCCCAUAGAUUCUCUAUGGGUUUCAGGUCAGGCGAGUUUGCUGGCCAAUCAAGCACAGUAAUACCACGGUCAUUGAACCAGGCUUUGGUGCUUUUGGCAGUGUGGACAAGUGCCAAGUCCUGCUGGAACAUGAAGUCCGCAUCCCCAUAAAGCUCAUCUACGGAAGAAAGCAUGAAGUGCUCUAAAAUCUCCUGGUAGACGGCUGCGUUGACCCUGGACUUAAUGAAGCACAGUGGACCAACACCAGCAGAUGAUAUGGCUCCCCAAAUCAACACUGACUGUGGAAACUUCAUACUGGACAUCAAGCAUCUUGCAGUGUGUGAAUCACCAUUCUUCCUCCAGACUCUCUGGGUCCUUGGUUUCCAAAUGAGAUGCAAAAGUUGCUCUCAUCAUAAAAGUGGACUUUGGACCACUGAGCAACAGACCAGGUUUGUUUUGUUUUUCUUUAGCCCAGGUAAGAUGCUUCUGACGUUGUUUGUUGUUCAGGAGCGGCUUGACAAGAGGAAUACGACAUCUGAAGCCCAUGUCCAGGAUUCAUCUGUGUGUGGUGGCUCUUGAUGCACUGACUCCAGCCUCAGUCCACUCCUUGUGAAAGUCCCCAACACUUUUGAAUGGCCUUUUCCUGACAAUUCUCUCCAGGCUGCGGUCAUCCCUGCUGCUUAUGCACCUUUUUCUUCCACACAACUUUCUAUUAAUGUUCUUUGAUACAGCACUUUGGGAACAUCCAACUUCCUUCGCAAUUACCUUUUGAGGCUUUCCCUCCUUAUGGAGGGCGUCAAUGAUGGUCUUCCCCAUGAUUGUGAUUCCUACUGAACCAGACUGAAAGACCAUUUAGAGGCUCAGAAACCCUUUGCAUGUGUUAUGGCUUACUUAGCUGAUUAGAGUGGGACAAUGUGGGCCUAGAAUAUUGCACCUUUUCACAAUAUUCUAAUUUACUGAGAUUGUGGAUUUGGGGUUUUUAUGAGCUGUAAGCCAUAAUCAUCGCACUUAUGACAAAUCACGGCUUGAACUAUCUUGCUUCACAUUUAAUGUGUCUAUCUCAUAUAUUAGUUUCCCCUUUUACGUUGCAUUACUGAAAUAAAUGAACUUUUGCACAAUAUUCUAAUUUUUCGAGUAUCACCUGUAAUGUAAAUAAUUGUGUUUACAGACAGCUGGUGAAGUAUUAAGUAUUGUGAUGCUGGUGGACCACCAGUGUUCUAACCUCCAGUCCUGAAAAGCUUCUGUGGACAUCCACCAAUCAGGACAGGGAGGACUAUUACAAUUAAACAUAUGGGAUAACAGGGGCUGAAGCCAUGGGAAGCACUAUCAGGAUAUCCCAGAAAAACUAGGAGGGCCAAAUUAGGUUAUUUAAAAAAAAAAUCUAAACCUUUAAAUCCUAGGUUCUGGUCUCUUUGUUUCCUGGUUGCACCCAAAGUACCAGAAUCUUAUUUCUUCAUUCGCGGUCAAUAUAAGAACAUUCUUAACUCGACCCUUUACAUUUAAAAUAUAAAACCAAAACAGGUUAAAAUGCUGAAUAUUCUAUUCUUGCCAAUGUACUAUUGACAUUUGUAAUAUGAAGUGUUCACCUCUAACAGUUUUACAGUUUGCACGUUAUGGUGAAUUUUGUUUUAAGCUUUGCACAAGGACAAAGGAUUUUCUCAAACUCACAUAAAGCGCUACAGGCCAAUAGUAGGAUUUCUAUCACUCUGGACAAUUUUCCAUCAUAUUCACCCAGACUUCUGGCCAAUAAUAUCUCACACAGAUCAAGUAUCAGUACAGUAUAUGUACAGUUGGGCUUAAUGUUGUGAAAGCAUCAUAGGAGUUAUUUUUCAACAGCUGGGGUUCCAGCCUUUGGUCAAUCCUUAGGUAUAUGUUUUUUCCUCCAAAUAUACAACUUGUACUUUUCAAUCAGGUGCUUUCCUGCCGUAAGGAGUUGGCGGUUACAAUACUGACUUUGCGUUUCUCUUUUUGGCAUUUAGAAAGGCAUUGUACCAUACAAUUAUCUGCAGCCAGUGGAACUGCGCUUUCAACAAACUCAGGUAAUAACCAUACAACGAGUACAUGGGUUUUUUUUUUCACUAAACAAUGCGUUGCGAUUAAAAUAAAUAAAUAAAAAUAAUGAAUUACAAAUUUUAGAUUAAAAUAGUGGAUUUGGAAACAUUCUCCAACCCAGCUAUAGUCCGUACAUGAUCAUAUUUUUUUAGCCCGUGUAUUGCAAUGUGUUCAACUCAGCAUGAUUCAAUACUCCAUGAAUAAAGCAAAGCUGUUUUUUGUUUUUUUUUUACUUUGAGAAAGUGCAACCCAAUUGCCAGUCUAUAAAUACAAAAAGAUAACUAACACACCCACUAAAUUUUCUGCAGAAUACUCUUUAUAUGUAUUUGCGUACUCAUCUAGAACUAGAGAUAUUUGGAGUUAUGCCGGAGAAUAAAAAAUCCGUUACCCUGAGUUCUACUCACUAAACUGGAGAGUGUGAAGAACUGGUAUAUUUUAAGUGAAAAUACUGGAGUUGGAAAAGUUGUUGAUUUGGACAAUGUUUUAUGAUUUGGCUGUUUUGGCCCAAAAUAUGCAGCUCCCAAAUCCAUUCUUCAAAUUUCCUGGUUUACGAAUUCUAUAAUCAAAUAUUAUUUAGAGCAAUAUCCUCUGUAUAUAUUUCUUCCACCCUUUGUAUUCCGGUGUUCUAAGGUUACUUUACCUUUUUAAGAAUAUCUAUUAAAUGUUAUAUUUUAUGUGUCAAGUUUAUUAAGGACAUUAUUUAACCAGGACAGGAUUAUGUUCUUUUGUUUUGUCUAUUGAAAUUUCUUUGAAGGGUUAUCCCCUCUAAUCUGUCCUAAAGAUAGUUUCUAAACAUUCCAGCAGCUUCCUAUAGCUUUCUAAAGUUCAGUCUAAGCACAGUCAAGGCGCGCACACAGCAUUGGAGACGAGAAAGAGAAAUGUUUUUAAUUCUUCUCCUCUUUGUAGGUCAGGCAUAGGUAACCUUCGGCACUCCAGAUGUUUUGGACUACAUCUCCCAUGAUGCUUUGUCAUGAUUAUGGGGGAUGUAGUCCACAACAUCAGAUGUGCCGAAGGUUGCCUAUCCCUAAUAUAGGUGCAAAGUACAGGGUUUAUACCAGUGAUUGGCACGAAGCCAAGAUGGAGGUAGUCAGCUCCAGGUUAGAAAAAAAAAAUACACCGCAGUACAUUUCUGUAUUUAUUAUAUUUUCAGACACAAAUAUAUAUGUUAAAUAUCAUUGAUAAGUAAACAUAAAUCCUUAAUGACCAAUCACAUAUCAUGUCGCCCUUAUCAUAGGAUUUGUUUAACUCGUUGUGAUGGAGUUAAAAAGCAGUGACUUUAACUGGGUUCCAUAAAAGGAGGGUCCUGGUCUUUAUUGUUCUGCACUAAUUUCACUAAAAAUACAGAAUACAAGAAUUACGUUUAUAUAUCUUUCAGCCUGCUGCAUCACAUGAAGUCCCCUCAACCAGUGUCCCACCAGAGCAGAUAGACAUCCCAGCACCACCGACUAUUGUACCCCCUGCGAGACCUAACAGUGAGUAGUGAAUUAUUACAACAAUUAAGAUGAACCCAAAUAGUUUGCUUUAAGCACAUUUGUACUGCACAAGUUUGCACUGAACUAGCUAAGAAAACAAUCACAACCAUAUCUUUUACUACUGAAUGUAAACUGUAAAGAUCACUUUCUGAACAGUUUUAGCGCUUGGUUAGGAAAAGUAUCGUUAGAUGCACUCACUCUGUGAGAAGGAUGCUAGGAUAUUGCAGAGUGCUUUUCUACAUGAUUUGACCUGAAUGCCUCCUUUCUGGGCAGAUUUUGUAAUGACCAGUGACAGAAGUGAUCCCCUGUCCUGAUUUUAUACGUGCCAACGUACUCAUACAACUUUUUGGAUCUAAAACAUACAUAAAUCAUUUUUGUAUUAUACCACGACAACAGUUACAGAAUUACAUAUUUUCUUUUCUUAUUUAGCAGUUAAAUCCAGUACCAAUGAGAAGCAGAAAACAGCAUGUUCGGUAAGAGUUGUACUACAAAGUAACCUGCAGGACAAAACCAUUGAUAGUUUACAUUAAAACAGUUCAUGCUACGGAUUGUGCAAAAUGAGAACAAGAAAUAUUUGGUACUUAUGGUACUUUUUUUGGGGGGUUCUAUAAAGUAAUAGAACAUGGGAGAAGCAUAUCCAAGGUUUGUGAAGCUGAAGUAAUAGGAAGUAUGAUAACUAACUCUGGGAGUUAGACACGAAUACAUUGGACCAUUUAUAUAUAGGGAUAGAAGGAUCUUUUAUUCCUGGGAGCCAAAGACUGAUAACAGCCUAUUAUAGAAGAAUUUCUUGUACUUUCUUUGUUGUUGCUCUGUUUUUACCCUUAGGCAAGAUGAGAUAUGUACUGGCUGGGCUGGUGACCUCUUUGAUGUCUUUAUUACAGGAACAUCUUUACAUGGUUAAAGUUUACUACAAAUACACAGUAGCAAUACAAACACCACACAAGCUUGCAUAUGAAGAUCUUCUCUUACUGAUCAGCAGCAAAUUGAAGUGUACACCCUGCAGUAUCAAGCUCAGGUAAGAUCAAUUAUCAAAGAAUAAUAGAGAGGUGUUCAUGAAAUUUGUGCUUAAUCCCUUUAGGACCAUACAUUACUAUGACAUUUAGAAUCUCCAUAAAAUCUGUCAGUCAGUAAAAGUGAUUGGGAAAGGUGGAGACAGUCAGCACAAAGCUUUGCCAGAUGGCAUCCAUGGGAAAGACUUUCAAGCUGUAUCCAAACCCUUAUUCAGAAAGAUCCUGGUAUUGGGUAUUUGUGAACUCUUGGGUAGGCUAAUGAACCAGCCAUGGUCUUGCUGUAGAGAGAUGAAUAAGUCUGUUAAGGACCUCUUGUUCAUUAAAGUAAAGGGCAAGAGCAAAAGCACAGGUGGUAGCCUGGGGCCACAAUACUCAAAAGUAAGUGUUGUCCAUGAUGCGGUGUCAGACCUUGCAGAAAACAAAAACAAACAUUUGCACCUGCCACUGUUGCAGAAGAUGGUUAGAGUUGGACCCCUCCACAGAGACUUGGAAAAAGUUGGUGGGCAUCUGGGCCUUCUAAAACUUGGAACACAAGCCUGGCUUGGACUUCUAACCUUGCUUAGUGGACAACAAUUACAAAGAAAGACCCCUGCUGGCCCCUACUUUGCUUGUUUUAGGAAUGGAAACACCUUAAAUAUCACCCAUCAGCAAUAAAAUUCUUCCUGAGACUGAAAAGCACUCUUAGCCAUAAACACCUUCAAGAUAGGGGCUUCCAAAGGCCAACCCAGGUGAUCCUCAAAAAGUGGUGCAUCACAAGCCUCAAUUUAGAACACUGGUAGACAGUUAAACCACAGGACCCUACACAAGAGAAUCUGCAAAGUAGAGUUCCUGGCGAAAAUUCUCAGAACAUCAAUGGAAGUAUUUAGCAUGUAGGUAAAAAAUGCGGAAUUGCACACUCUGUAAGUGUUUCCCAGAUGAGACUCCAACACUUAUAGGUUGAUAGCAGCUUUUUAAUCAGAGAAUUUUUCGAAGUGUUUUACUAACAUUUAAUACACAAGGAUUGACUUUAUAUAGUUUAUUCAUCCAUUACAAAAUAUCUAUGUUAUACAGUGAUACUGUUACAUUUUUUUAGUUUCAAAGAUGGAGAUGCUGAUGUAACACUGAAUAAGGACAACAUAGAAAAAGCUUGGGAGUUAAUCACAGACAAUUGCCUGAAACUGAAGUGCACCGAUCUAGAGGUAAGAGAAAAACAAUACUUACUGUAACAGGCCAACAAAGAUGAAGGGAUCGGAUAACCAGGACAACACAAGACCACCUAACAUACCUUCCCUGGCAGAUUCUCUGCUAGUGCAGUACAUCCUUGAAUCAUAACGAACAUUGGUCAUAACAUUUAGAUUUCUCUCUCUAGGCAGAGGAAUCCCCUGUGGUUGUAGAGGAGAUUGACAGUCAAAAUACUCUCCAAGAUCAGGGAAACACAGAAAUCCAUGUGACUGCUCUGUUUGACUAUGAAGCUUCACAACCAGAAGAUUUGUCUUUUAAGAAAGGAGCAAUAAUUAAAGUACUGUCUAAAGGUAAGUGUUGCUGGUAGGAUUCUAGGUACAAACUAAAGAGUAAAUAGAGUAAACAGAGAAAACAAAGAAAGUAUUUGACAGAAAAUUAAACAAGAUGUAGAAAUGGCAGUGCUUGAGAUAUCUGUAUUAAAAAGAGUUACUUUAACACAUAGGGUUACUUCAAGCAUCAUGUUUAUGUAGUAGACCAUGAAGAAAUUAGAUUUACCCACUAAUUGAUUUGCAUUAAAAACAGGUCUGUCCCAUGCACCAAAUUAACACUACUAUGUUGACCUCAUGCAGUAUGCACUAUAUAUUAACAUAAAGUCCUGUUUUCACAGUUUCCAAGGAUUGGUGGGAAGGUGAACAUCAGGGAAAAGUGGGAAUCUUUCCUACAGCGUUUGUAAAAUAAAAUAAAAAAAGACUAUUUCAGAAAACCAGUUUCAGCCGUCAAAGUCCGUAAAAAUAAUAUUUAAAAUUGUGUAUUUAAUCCCUUGUUUUGCACUGAAGAGAUUAAAAUAAAUUUAAAAAAUUGUUUUAAAAAUUGGUCCAGAUUUCCGUUGUGAAUUUUGUACAUUGUUAUUUUAUUAUGUUGCAUGUAUUACAUAUUUGAUAUAUAUGUGGCUUGAUACAUUUUACACAUGGUAAUAGUUUUAUAUUAUGAACCUUUUCUGCUGCAGUAUAUAUGUGAGGCAUUUGAAAUGCCAUUAAAAACAAAAUAGCAAGUGGUACUUGGGUGCCAAGCAAUAUAAAAUUAUUGCUUGGAUUGGUAAGUGCUACAGGCUGUGUCAAAAUUUGAGCAAUGAUGAAUUUGUAUUCCAAUUGACUUCAGGCAGAAAGCAGACCCUUCAUCACCACAAUAAUUAUGUAUGUCUGUAGAUUAGAUCUGAGGAUAUUGCUCCAAGUCUAAAGUCAUUUUUUUUUUUAGUAAUAACAUUUAAAUGCUGAUGCUACCUGCUAUCACUUGUGGCUGGAAAAUAUACCUGCAGGAAGACCUGAAACCACUGUAGAUAAUCCAGAGAAGAGCUAUAAAAGGAACGUUCCAAGCACCCUGAACACUACAAUCUCCUGCAGUGGUUGUGGUGCCAGGAGUGUCUUGAAGCUAUCCCAGUGUAAUCCAUCAAUUCAGCUGAUGCGCUCAGCCAACAAAAGUUACCCUGCUUACCUCAGUAAUGCUAACUAGAUUCUUCUGCAGGAGAAUCUUGAGGCACAGUAUGCAGCCAUAGGUGCCAGCUGCACACCUUUUUAAAACAGUUUGAUAAAUUACACUGGGAGGGCAUAAAAACACUCCUGGCACCAGAACUACAGUGCACUGUUGGUGUUUUGGUGCCAUGCCAACCCAGAGUCAUUUGUCAAAC